GGGGGGGGGGGGGGCAUUACGUGGGUCCCCAAGAAGCCGCGGGGCGGUGGGAAGGAGCCGGUGAUGAUGGUGGGACGCAGGUUGGCCUGGAGGAGAAGCCAUCGUGGGGGUCCUGGUCUGGUGUCCCCAAAGGCGGGGGGCGUUCGGGGGGGGGGGGGGUGUCAUUGCAGGGGUCAUUGCCCCCCAUCCCGGACAUCAGGAGAUGAGGAGGGGGCUGGGAUGAUCCCCCCCUCCAUUUGGUGGGUGGCGGUGGGCCCAGGAGGAAGGUUCCUCCUCGCCCAGCCCGCGCCGUGGCCGCGACCCUCGCCGGCGUUAUUGCGGCAGGAGCCGAGCUCCACGCGGGAGCGGGCUCCGACGCUCGGCGGUCCCACGAGCUCCGGCGCUCCGUGGUUUCCUCGUGGUGCGACGGCCAGGACCAGCAGCCUCCGACCGGCCGUAGCCGUGGCCGCUGUCUGGAAGGAGCCCGGCAGCCGGCACGGGAGGUCUGACCCCUCUCGCCCAGCUGAGAAGAGCAUCUAGGAGCUCAGCAACCCCACACUCGCCCUCGGGAGGAGCUGGACCAGCGGGACCACCGCGGCGGUGGUCUCCCGUGCCAUCACCUUCACGGUUUCUCGUCCUCCCGCCUUCAGGGUCUUCCUCGCCCUUCGGGGUCUUUGGAUCGAGGCGUUCUGUGGAGCCGCCGCGCGCAACGUAGGGGUGGACGACCCGCCUUUAUGACUUGAUUCCGGUGACGGGCAAAGGGACCGAGAUGGGAAUUUUGGGACCAACCUUUUCCGUAGCCCCCGCCUGACCCUCCCCAGGAGGCCGGGCAGCAGCGUGGGAAGAUCUGCCCACCGUCAGCAGGUACGCCGAGGUGAUUCGGGGCUCUAGGACAACCCGGACCCAUCGCUACCGAUUGUGAUGCUGGUUGCGUAAGCGCAGGCUCCAGCGCCAGCGGUGCUUGAGCCGUGGGAGCUGUAGCCUAGAUUUGCUCGUUAGCUGCGCUCGUUAGCAGCAGCAUAGAAGAGGAAACCAACUCUUCUGCCGUUUGUCAUAAAAACCCAAGGCGCGUUGCUCACUGAAGUGCCGGUAAGGACCGACCCAGGCUGAACUCAGAUCUCCAGCGUGCCGACCGGCCGCAGCAUCCCUGAAACGCAGCCCAGCGAAUCCAUCAACCUUCUGGCUGUGGAGGCCAACGGCCGAAUCCUUUGGGAAAGCCUCCGACGACUCAUUUGUCAAGGAGCCGAACUGCUGAACUCUUCACGGUGGCCAAGCAGCCAUUCCAACCAUCCUGGCGGGGCACAAAUUAUUUAAUCUUGUUUCUCAGCUCAUCGAUAUGAGCUUCUGCACUAAUUCCUGCCCUGGGAUAACACCUGGAUAAUGCAUGGGCCGGGAGCAGCAUGCGCCGUGCUGGGCGUUGAGCCGGUGGAAGUGCCUCCGGAUCCGACAGUUUUUGCCGGCUCCUGGUUUAAUUCUGCAGCGAUUAUCGAGUGUGAGCUUAAUUGUUUUUUCCCCUUGGAGGGAGGUUUACGUGCUCCGCUGGGUCCGGCCACGUGCUCGAGUGUGCCGGACCCUUCCCAAGUGGUGCCAAACGUAAACCAAAGCCCUUCUGCUGCCCCGGGGGGGUGUCGCAGGGGCUCCCCAUCCCGUCGGCUGUCCUUGAGAAGGGACGCGGUGAGCCCGCCGGCAGCUCCGGGGGCUGGCUCCGGAAAGCUGGUGGCAAAGCACCCCCCCUUGCCGCCCGCCGGCUCUCCAUGCGAACCGUGGCCAAAUGGAUGCGAUCGCGAGCGCCGGCCUCAAGAGGAAGUUUGAGGAUGCGGACGUGGGCUCGCCGGGCUCCAACUCGGACAUCUCGGAGAUCUCCAACAGCGACAGUGCCGACAGCUGCGACAGCGUCAACCCCUCCAGCUCCACCGGCUUCAUACCCACCUCCAUCCUGAAGCGGCAGAAGCAGCUUCGCAGGAAGAAUGUCCGCUUCGACCAAGUGACCGUCUACUACUUCGCCCGACGCCAGGGCUUCACCAGCGUCCCCAGCCAGGGCGGCAGCUCCCUGGGCAUGGCCCAACGCCACAACUCCGUCCGCCACUACACGCUCUGCGAGUUCGCCCAGGAGCAGGAGGUGAAUCACCGGGAGAUCCUACGGGAGCACCUCAAGGAAGAAAAACUCCACGCCAAGAAAAUGAAGCUCACCAAGAACGGCACGGUGGAGUCGGAGGAGGCGGACGGCCUGACGCUGGAGGACGUCUCGGAUGACGACAUCGACGUGGAGAACGUGGAGGUGGACGACUACUUCUUCCUGCAGCCGUUGCCCACCAAACGCCGCCGAGCUCUGCUGCGAGCCUCCGGUGUUCACCGCAUCGAUGCUGAGGAGAAGCAGGAGCUGCGGGCCAUCCGCCUGUCCCGGGAGGAGUGCGGCUGCGACUGCCGCCUCUACUGCGACCCGGAGGCUUGUGCCUGCAGCCAGGCAGGGAUUAAAUGCCAGGUGGAUCGCAUGUCCUUCCCCUGCGGCUGCUCCCGGGAUGGUUGCGGUAACAUGGCCGGUCGGAUCGAAUUCAAUCCUAUCCGGGUGCGGACUCACUACCUCCACACCAUCAUGAAGCUGGAGCUGGAGAACAAGCGUCAGGGUGGGCGGCCACCGGCGCCGGAGGAGGAGGCGGCCGCUGCCGCCGCUCACGGCUCCGCUAGCGACUGGCUGGGGCCGCAGCCAGCCGAAACGCAGGACUUCCAGGAGUUCAUGGCGGAGAACGAGACGGCCGUCAUGCACCUGCAAACGGCGGAGGAGUUGGAGAGGCUGAAGGCUGAGGAAGACUCCAGCAACGGCUCCAGCGUGGAGAGCUUGGGCGUUUGCAUCCUGGAGGAGCCCCUGGCCGUGCCGGAGGGUUUGUGCCCAGGUCUUGCCGCCCCCAUCCUCAUCCAAGCCCAGUUACCUCCGGGCUCGUCCGUCCUCUGCUUUGCCGACGGCUCGGAGCCGGCAGCCUCGGCGGUGGGCGACCAGCCCUACUUGAACGAUGGACCUGUGGUCUACUACCAGGUGGAGCAGAGGCCGGUGCUGGGUGUCAAGGGCGAGAGCAGCCCGGCAGAGCCGCCGGCACCGUCCUCCUGCCUGAGCGAGAAGAACCUCAGCGUCCUCCCCGUCCCGGUGGUGACUUGCAGCCGAGCCGCCGCUGCUGCGAGCAAGGGGGAAGCAUCCCGAAAUCCUCCCUCGUCCCCGGAGGCUGCUCCAUCCUCUGAGGGCUGCCGAGCGGUGGCUGCUGCCCGCUGCCCGCGUUCCCCGUCCCCCGUGCCACCGGAGCAAGCCCUGGAGCGGGCGCACGAGCCGCCCUCCGCCGAGGAGCGCUCGCUGGGGCCUGUCCUGCCCGUGUGAGUGGCCCUUUCCCCCCCCCCCCCCCCCUCCUCGGCGCUCAUUUAUUUAUUGACAAUAAUAUUUUAUGGACUGGCAGCAGCCACUGGUGGUUAUUUAAUUUGGGGGGUGGGGGAAGAGCAGGGGCUGCUUUGUACAGAGGAUUUUAAACGGCAUCCCCUCGCCUGAUGCCAGGAGCCUUUCGCUUGCCUGGCAGAGACGGUUUUCAUGGCUCGGCCGAUGCCGGCAGCUGCUCGGUUGCCACCUGCGCGCCAGGACAUUCCUGACCUGGAGCCUCCUGCUUCCCAUGGCUGCUCCUUCCCAUCCUCCUCCCCCUGAGCUGCCCCCACCGUAGCCCCAGGCUGCCAGGACACCUCUGCCCUCUGUUUUUUAAUGAAAAAAGACUUUUUUCCUUUAUUUCCCCCCCCCCCCCCCCUUUUUUUUUUUAAUGAAUGUUUACUGGGCCGUGUCACAACCCAGCGCCUCCGAGUGCUGCUCCAGCCCCUUCCCUAUGGCACUGCCCCACCGGCCACCGCAGCCGGCAUGAGGGGCCAGGAUGGAUCAGGAAGCACCCAGAGCCAGCGGGGAGGCUCUAAUUGCACAAGAGGGGUGAGACCGCAGCCUGCAAACUCUCCUAGAAAAUUUGGGGGGGUUUUAACUGCUGGGAUUUGAAGAGUUUGAGCCCUUCGCAGCCAUGGCAUGACCGUGAUGGAGAACCGUGUCCGUCUGUCCAUCCUUGUGCACCAUGCUGGCCUCGAGGAAUGGUCAAGGCACUGGGCUGCUGCGUCCACUGGCCAGGCAGUAAAAGCACUUUCCACCCCCCCUGGCUCCCCCAGCGCCGGGCCGGGGCCCCCCCCUUUGCUUCCUGCCAAAACCGGCCCCAUUGCAGGUCUCAAGGGGCCGGACCCGGUGGGACCCGGCGUGACGCUCCUCUUCCUUCUCCCCAGUAGCUUUAACCUCCGCCCUUGCUCCAGCCUCCUCCUGGUCAAGGGGAAGCAUCUCCCCUCCGUCCCCCCUGCCCCGCCAUUUAUUGGACUCGGGCUGAGCAAAAUCCAGUCUUUUUUAAGGCGAGAAUCGGGGGAAGCGGUGGGGGUGAAGAGCCCCUGAUGCCCACGAGCUUCCCCUGCCGGAGGGUUCAAUCCAAUACAGCCCCGCAGCUGCCGCCCUCGCGUCUUCUCGGAAAACAACCCCGGAGCUGCUCGAAGGGGAAACAUUCCAGCUGGAGAGCAGGGUAAAUUGGGGGGGGGCAGGGAACUGCAGUCUGAUGAAGUGCUUUAAUUAUUUUGGGGGGGGGGGGGGGGGGGGUUAAGGUAGUUCUUGUGCUCCUGGCGGUCACCUCCCUCUGUCAAAAGGUGUUUAAAGGGGUUUAAAACCCCUUCGCUGCUCUCACCGCCUCGGCGAGUGGUUCCAACUGAGCCUUAAGCCUGGCAAAGUGGCUCUUCCCCACCCCUCCCCUCCCUCUCUGCCAGGACUGAGCCCCUGGGGACACUGUCCCCUUCUCCCGGGGCAGAGCGGAGGGGGAAGGAGCUGGUUUCCAAACCGGAGUGGGCUCGGGGCACAUUACCAGCCGGCACCAAUUCCGGCAGCAGCUCUCCCUGCCCUCAGCCAGCAUACAAGGGCUAAAUUUGGGAGGAACAAAGCCUUACCCCCUUGUUGGGCGCUUCACCGGCGAUGUCCCCGCGUCCCUUCCCGGCAGGGAGCUGCCACUGGUUUGGCUGUGGGGGUUUUUCAGCUCCUGCACGAAACGGAGCAACUCCGAGCUGCAAAACCGGAGCAAAUGGUGACACUUGAAUGGGUUAACGUCUUUUAUUUCCCCCCUUUUUUAUUUUCAACGGACUCCACACUCCCUCCCCAGCUCUGUGUCCCGGCCGACCGCAGCCAGGUCAGGACCUGCUUGCCCCAGGGAGGUGGCUCGUUAGGCGUUAGGCGAGCCCGGAGGCUCCGUCAACUGACAGAAUGAAUCCUAAGACACUGGUUAGGAUGGGUGCUUUCACAAUAAGCAAAGAACUAAUAGGAUUUAUUCUAUUUUUUACAAAGAUAACUAUGCUGUUAAUAGUGCAAUGAAAGCAAAUUCUGCCUUUUAUUAUUAUUUUUGUUCGUUUUAAACGUACUCACUGACACUAACGCUGGUUCCGCGCUGGCUCCUGCUCAACUCGUCGCCGUGUAAGAAACCAAACAGCCCAUCUCCUCUCUGGUGCUACCGGGGUGCUGCGGGAGCCGCGGCACUAUCGCACCGCCGAAAUCCAGGCGUCCCCGGCUCCUCAUCCUAUUUAAACAACAGCAACUCUGCGACUCCUAAACCUCCCCGUCUCACACUGUCUAAGGUGGCUUUUUUGUUUUUAAUUUUCCAGUGUGAAUCCAAAGCUUGUCCUCUGCAUAUGGUUUUUGGUUUUUUUUCUGGCCUUUUCUGUUCUUUUCAUGGUGAUAAUGCUGUAUUUAAAGAGAAUAUUUAAGUGUAAAAAUAAAAGAAAUGCUCAAACUUGGA